CCCGCAUUCCCAUCUCUCUGGGAUUUAGUCGAGAUGAACCAAUCGCCUGCAUAUUCAGGGGCAAGGAUUUCCGGCUUUAGAGCUUUGGGAACUGAGAGCGGCGGUGGUGUCGACACCUUGGACCGGCUGCUGCCCACAAUUAUCGGAACCAAGUCCCCCCGGAAGCGCACCACCAGCCAGUCUAAAUCGGAGCCCCCCCUUCUGCGUACCAGUAAAAGGACCAUCUACACUGCGGGCCGACCCCCCUGGUACAACGAACAUGGCACCCAGUCAAAAGAGGCCUUUGUUAUCGGUCUGGGUGGGGGCAGCGCUUCCGGGAAAACCACAGUGGCCAGGAUGAUCAUUGAGGCGUUGGACGUGCCAUGGGUGGUGCUGCUCUCCAUGGACUCCUUUUAUAAGGUGCUGACAAAAGAGCAGCAAGUACUGGCGGCCAGCAACGAUUUCAACUUUGACCAUCCGGAUGCUUUCGAUUUUGACCUGAUGAUCGCCACUGUCAAAAAACUCAAGCAAGGGAAAAGUGUGAAGAUCCCCAUUUAUGACUUCACCAGCCACAGCCGCAAGAAGGAAUGGAAAAUGCUUUACGGAGCCAACGUGAUUAUAUUUGAAGGUAUUAUGGCGUUUGCCGAUAAGGAGCUCCUGAAGCUUCUGGAUAUGAAAAUAUUUGUGGACACUGACUCGGACAUCCGCCUGGUUCGACGUUUACAAAGGGACAUCAGCGAACGAGGCCGAGAGAUUGAGGGGGUCAUCAAGCAGUAUAACAAGUUUGUCAAGCCAGCCUUUGACCAAUAUAUCCAGCCCACCAUGCGAGUAGCCGAUAUUGUGGUCCCACGAGGUAGUGGAAAUACCGUCGCCAUUGACUUGAUCGUCCAGCACGUGCACAGCCAGCUGGAAGAGAGGAAACUACGCUGGGAUAUGGCAGCGCUGGCUUCUGCUCACCAGUGCCACCCUCUCCCCAAGACCCUCAGCGUCCUGAAGAACACACCCCAGGUCAGGGGGAUGCACACCAUCAUCCGGAAUAAGGAGACAAGCCGGGAUGAGUUCAUUUUCUACUCCAAACGGCUAAUGCGUCUUCUGAUUGAGCACGCGUUAUCUUUUCUGCCCUUCCAGAGCUGCACAGUUCAAACCCCACAAGACCAGGACUACGAAGGUUGUACAUAUAGCGGGAAGCAAAUCACGGGCGUGUCCAUUUUGAGGGCUGGAGAGACCAUGGAGCCCGCCCUCAGGGCCGUUUGCAAGGAUGUCCGGAUCGGCACCAUCCUGAUUCAGACAAACCGAUACACGGGAGAGCCUGAGCUACACUACCUGAGACUCCCAAAGGACAUCAGUGAAGAUCACGUGAUUUUGAUGGACUGCACCGUCUCCACGGGGGCAGCAGCCAUGAUGGCCGUGAGGGUGUUGCUGGAUCACGACGUUCCAGAGGAUAAGAUUUUUCUUCUCUCCUUGUUGAUGGCCGAGAUGGGCGUCCACUCCGUCGCCUAUGCCUUUCCACAAGUCAGGAUCAUCACAACUGCUGUGGACAAGAAAGUGAACGACCUUUUUCGCAUCAUCCCUGGUAUUGGAAAUUUUGGAGACCGUUACUUUGGCACGGACGCCCCGCCGAAUUGGAGCGACGAGGAAGACGUCCUGGACUCUUGACCAUUGUAAAGAAACCGCUCUGAAGCAAUGGCAAAUUCUGCAUCCACCCCUUAAUCCAUCCCUUCGUGCACUCUGCCGUAAAUCUCCAAACGCUUAGAAAAAGAGAAUAUUUCGCAAAGCAGCUAUUAUAGUUUCUUCUGCUUCGUUUUGCACCAGAAGCUGAAGGAGUAUUUUUUUUAAGAAGGAGGGUGGGGCUGGCAGGGGAAGAGUGUGGCUCCUGGCUGUUUUUUUUUUUUUUUUAAGUAUGCACGAAUGUCUUUGAGUCCAGAAGCAGUUUAUU